UCUUCUCUCCUACGACAUUGCUACAGUGUACCAAUUUCGACUGCUGCAUCGAAUAUUCCACAUACAUCUGUUCUGCCCUUGAGAGCUGCCGCAGCACUCAGAACACAUCACGAUGGCUCCCCCUCCGCCCGCCAACGUCCCUUUGACCCAGAGGCUUUUGCUUCUGGCCCAGACCCUGCAAUUCGCUUGGUUUGCCGGACACUUGUCCCUAAUUUUCGCCGUUAUUCGUUAUGGCUUCUCCUACAUCUCCUUCAACUACUACAGCCGGAUCGCCCGCUUCAGCUACAGACUCACUUUCCUGUCGGCUGCUCUGACCUACGGUAUCGUCGUCUACAAGACUCUCCGCGCACGCAGUAAGGCUGGAGCCAAGGCUCCUCAGAGCCCUCUGGCCCUGAUUGCCGACGAGAACGUUCAGUACCUUGUCAUGUCCCUGGUGUGGCUUCUGUCCCCCCAGUACCCCCUGGCCAUGCUCCCUUACGCCAUCUACUCGAUCUUCCACGUCGCAACUUACACGCGCGCCAACGUGAUCCCCACCAUCACUCCUCCCAAGCCCAUCACGCCUGCUGCUGGUGCUUCCCCUAGCGGCAAGGCCCAGUACGCGAACAACCCGAUCGCCGACAAGAUUGGUGCUUUCGUCAAGGAGUACUACGAUGCCUCCAUGUCUGUGGUGUCCUCGCUCGAGAUUCUUCUCUGGGUUCGCCUUCUGCUCUCUGCCAUCACCUUCCAGCGCCGCUCCUGGAUCUUGAUUGCCAUCUACACCGCUUUCCUUCGUGCUCGCUUCACUCAGAGCACCCACGUCCAGAACUCGCUCGCUCUCCUCGAGUCCCGUGUCGACUCCGCUGUCGGCAACCAGGGCACGCCCCCUGCCGCCCGCCAGGCUUGGGAGACCGUCAAGGGAGGCGCCCGCCAGUUCUACGCCUACACUGACCCUAACCGCUACCUCAGCGGCACCGCCGUCCCCAAGAAGACUUCGUAAAGCGUUGGCGAAAACAAGCGAAA